AUGGCUGCUCUACUGGGGCUGCUGCUGGCCCUGUGCUGGCUGAGUGGUCCAGGCUGGACAGAGAGUCAGCCCGCCUGGUUCCAGAACAUCUCCACUAACCUGUUCAAUGAGAUGGGAGACAUCAUGCUGGGGGGGUUGUUUCCUAUCAACCAACUCACCAGCAACCUGAGCCAGAGAGACAAGCCCAACCACAUCGAGUGUCGCAGAAUCAACGAAGAAGGGCUGGGCCUGGCCCUGGUGAUGAAGUACACGGUGGACGAGAUCAACGCUAACUUAGACCUACUGCCAGGCAUCAAGCUGGGCUACGAGAUCUAUGACACCUGCAAGCAGUCUGAUGUGAUCGUCAAGCCCACGCUGCUGUUCCUCACUGAGGGCUCCAGCAGGAAGCUGGCCAUCAGAUGCAACUAUACCAACUAUGAGACCAGAGUGGUGGCCGUGAUCGGACCCAGCAUCUCCGAAAUGGCCUCCAUUACCGGGAAGCUGCUUGGAUUCUUCCUCAUGCCACAGGUCAGUUACCGAGCCACCAGUGAGAAACUAAGUGAUAUGCAACUGUACCCGUCGUUCCUGCGUACGGUGCCCAGCGACAAGCUGCAGGCAGGGGCCAUGGUGCAGCUUCUGUUGAGGUUUAAAUGGAACUGGGUGGCCGUGGUGGGUAGCGGGGAGGAUUACGGACGCCAAGGCCAGAGGCUCUUCAGCACCAUUGCUGCGGAGAGCGCAAUCUGCGUGGCAUACGAGGGGUUAAUUCCUGCCUACAGUGACCCGGGGCCGGAGAUCAAACUAAUACUGGACCACAUCACAAGCAGCAAAGUGAAGGUGGUGGUGGUGUUCGCCCUUGUCGAGUCUGCUACAGUCUUCUUUAAAGAGGUGAUCAGGAGAAACAUGACUGGGGUCUGGGUGGCCAGUACAGCCUGGGCCCUGCACAAAGCUGUGUCCAGCCUGCCUGGCAUCAACACAGUGGGCACCAUCCUUGCUUUCACCGAUGAGAUAGAGACUGUAGCUUUGCUCACCAAUUACACACGGGAAUUUCUCUGGAAGUUCAGCGAGGAGAGGGCCACACAACCUCCUCCAAGUCUACACUCAGAGACCCCACCAGACAUGCAAUCUUUCAGCAACCCCUGCCCAGAGUGUUUGAGCCUGUCUGAGGUCAACCUGAGCCUCGUGACAGACCCCCAGGUCCAAAAGGCUGCGUUUCCAGUGUAUGCUGCUGUGUACAGCGUGGCUCAAGGACUUCACAAAAUGCUUGGCUGUAAUGCCACCAAGUGUCAAUGGAACACUCAAACCAAAAUAUACCCUUGGAAGCUGCUGGAGGACCUGAAGAAAGUUUCUUUCAAGUUGAAUGGAAAUAAUAUCAAGUUUGACACAGAAGGAAACCCAAGCACAGGAUAUGACCUCCUCCAGUGGGUCUGGGUGAAUAUGAGUUUGAAGUUUGUGGACAUUGGCACCUUCAAACAGAAUCUGUCCAUCAACCAAUCCCUCAUCCAAUGGUAUACAAACAAUUCCCAGGUCCCUGUGUCAACCUGCUCUAGUGAGUGUGCUAAUGGCCAGGUGCGCAGAGUAAAAGGGUUUCACUCCUGCUGCUAUGACUGCAUUGAGUGUGGACCAGGAACCUACCAAAAAAACAAAGAGGACAUACAGUGCACAAAGUGUCCCGUGGGUCAGUGGUCGCUGAAAAGCAGCACUAACUGUACCGAGCCGACUUUUGAGUACCUGACCUGGGUCGAGCCAGCGUCGCUGUGUCUGAUGCUGGGUAUGGCUCUCCUGCUGGGGUGCCAGGGGCUGGCGGGGGUCCUGUUCCUCCAGCACAGGGAUACCCCCAUGGUGUCUGCCUCUGGGGGAGCCCUCUGGGGCUUGUCCCUGCUCAGCUUGGCAGGGGGCUGCCUCAGCCUGCUGCUAUUCCUGGGUCAGCCGGGGGAUCUUGUGUGUCGUCUACAGCUGCCGCUCACCUGCAUCUUCCAUACCAUCAGCCUGGCAACCAUCCUCACCAUCUCUCUGCAGAUAGUGUACGUGACCGAGUUUCCUCAGAAUGCCCCCUCCCAUCUGGGCAUGAUGAGGGGCCUUGGAAGCUGGCUCCUGGUGCUGGCUUGCAGUGGAGUGCAGGCAGGACUCGUCGGCAUGUUUAUACAGACAGUGCCAUCUCUAUUCAACCACAUGGAAAACAUGCAGGUGACUUUUGUGGUCACAUUCCAGCCAUGCCCAACAGAGCCCAUCAUUGCAUUUGGCUUGAUGCAAGGCUUCAAUGUUCUCUUGGCUCUCAUCUCCUUCAUGUGCACCUUUAUGGCAGUAAAGCCUCUUCACCAAUACAACCUGGCCAGGGACAUCACUUUCUCCACCAUCAUCUACUGUGUGGUUUGGGUGGCGUUUAUUCCUACCUACACUGCAUUUGAUCUCAAGGGCCGGUCUGUUGCUCAUGUGACUGUCAGUUUGCUGAGCAACAUGGGGCUGGUGGGGGCCUACUGCUUCCCGAAGUGUCACCUGCUGGUGAAGAAACCCGAUUUGAAUAAACCAGACCACUUCCGUACCUUCCUCGAGGGUGCCUCACCAAACCAACAAGAGGAGCAGCAGAACCAACAGUGA